AUGUCAGAUCCUAAUCAGCUACUGGCAAAGGCCGAAAAGGUAGGUAAACCAUCUUCUGGUUUCAUGAAAAUAUUUGGCAGUUCUGAUCAAAGUAAGUAUGAAGAAGCUGCUGAUCUAUGUGUACAGGCUGCUACUCUAUUUAGACUUUCAAAGAAAUUGUCUAAUGCAGGUGACUGUUUUGUAAAAGCCGCUAAUUAUCAGAUUAAUGCUGGUAACGAUGACGAAGCCGCUAAUACUUUCAUCGAUGCUUAUAAGUGUUUUAAAAGUAGUAGUUCCAAUGGCAUUACAUCUGCUAUGACGAGCAGAAAUAACACACCAGGUUUAGACGAAAAUGAUACUUUCAUUACAUCCGAUUCUAGUGCUCAAACAGAUAUUCAAAAAGCAGCUGUAUCAUUAAACAGAGCGGUUGAAAUAUUUACUGUGAAGGGUCAGUUUAGAAGAGGUGCUAAUUUCAAGUUCGAAUUGGGGGAACUGUACGAAAAUGAUCUACAGGAUUACCACAGUGCCAUGGAUUGUUAUGAACUUGCCGGUGAUUGGUAUUCUCAAGACCAAGCUCAAGCUUUAACAAAUAAAUGUUAUGUCAAAUUAGCCAACUUGAAGGCUCUUGAUGCUGACUAUAUAGGCGCUGCAAAGGUUUACCACCAACUAGUUACUAACUCGAUGGGUAACAGAUUAAGCCAGUGGUCUUUGAAGGAGUACUAUCUAAAAAUGGCUCUUUGUCAGUUGGCCGCUAAAGACAACGUUGCCGCUACAAGAACUCUUAAAGAAGCAAAACAAAAUGAUUCAAAUUUCAAUAAUUCAAGAGAAUCGGUCCUAUUAGAGACGUUGAUUGAUUGUUUAAAUGAAGGUGAUAGUGAAAAAUUAAGUCAAGCUGUCUUCGAAUUCGAUAAGUUUAAUAAAUUAGAUAAAUGGUAUACUACCAUCUUAUUAAAAAUUAAGGAAAGUAUAACAGAAGCAGAAGACAAUCUCUUAUAA